AUGGCACCACCACCAUCACCACCACCACCACCACCCACAUCCAGCACCAGCAUCAGCACCAGUACCAGCACCAGCACCAGCACCAGCGUCCCCGCGUCCGAGCCGAGCACGGGGUCCGGCGCGGGUUCGCUCUGGGCAGCCGAAUACGCCUCGGGUGACGGCAUCAAAGCAGCGGCGGCCAUAGACCUGGGGCUGGCGGGGCUUCUGGCGGUGUUCCUCGGCGUGGUGGUGUGGCAGUGGCGGCGCGGCAGGCGGCGGCGGCGGCGUGCCGAAGCGGGGAGGGCGGCGAGCCCCCGAGACGGGGAUGUCGGUGGUAGUAGCAGCGGGAGCGAGAGUAACGGCGGUAGCCAUACGACAAGUAGCUAUAGCAUGACGGGUAAUUCUAGCGCUGGGGGCAGCGGGUCGCCGAGAGGUCGUGGUGUUGAUGCUCGAUCCGUGAAUGCGGCGCUUUCAGGGGCUGAGGCUGCGGCUGCGCAGACGGGAGAUGGUGGCGGUGGGGGGAGGCAGGAGGAUAAGGGGAAGGAGAGCGAGAGAGGGAGGGAGAAGGAGAAGGAACAAGAAAAGGAGAAACAGGAAAAUGGGGAGAUAACUUUUACACAGGCUCUAGAGACAACGCACAAUGCGGUUAAGAUGAUUCCUGUUUCCAGUCGUGUUUCUCAAAACACCCGCCUCUCUCGCGUUGCCGAAUUCGACAGGCGGAAUUAG